UCUCUCUAUAUCAUUUCUCUGUGUCUCUCUUUCUACUGAGGAGCAAGCUAAGUGAAAUCCAAAUCCAAUCAUUGUUCAGAAGGAUUAAAUAGGAAAAUUCUCUUUUGAUUCACUUUUUGCCAGACUUUAUUUUGGCAGAUUUCCCAAGUUAUAUCUACCUGAGACGUGGAAUGUUUGCAUCACAGCUUUUGAGAAUACUUCAGACUCUACCAACUGAUUCAGACCAUGGAGGCUGCGGCUUUGACACACCUGAAGAAACGGCUACCAUGAAGGAUAACCAGAAUGGGAUCUUAAGUCGCUCAAAUGGUUACAAGGAAGCAAAUUCUUUACUCUUUCCCACAAAAGACUUCGUUAAUUCAAAUCGCUAUGGAAGUUACAACGGCUCUUUGGCAUGUGAAACAAGAGAUAGGGAUGAGUUAGUCCCAGAACUUUACGAUUCUGUAUACUUCGACGAUAUUUCUAGAAGCAAACACCAUGAAAUUAUAGCUCCAACUGUGGAUGAUGAUCAAAACGAAGAUUCGCAUAACAUAAUCACUUGCAGGAGAUAUAUUAAUCCGUUUGCAUGCAAUACAAAAUAUAGAGAUCAACAAUGGAGUACUCCAGAAUUUGAGUGCUCCACGAUUGCUGAUUUCAUUGAUGAGAAAGAAAAUGAAUCCAUUGUCUCUGAUGAGCAUGCACCAUUUACCUCUGGCUGCAAGUUCCUUGGGACAAACACUAGUUUAUACGCAGAGAAACAUGCUAAGGAAUAUGAGUUGCCUGAAUUGAUUGUUUGCUACAAAGAAAGUAACUAUAACAUUGUUGAAGAAAUAUGCACGGACAAGAGUGUAGCUGUGAUGGAUAGAAUUCUAACUGAAAGCUGGAGCAAUGGUCAAAAUGGCACAUAUGUUUGUACACCAGCUGAUGAAGACCAGCACAGCAACACAUCGGAAAGUGAUGAUAUUGAAUUAUGCUCUGCAGGUGGAUCUAAAGCUUCAUCUGUAGAAUAUGCAAACAGCGUUGCUGCGACAAGUGAAGAAGAGGACACUGAGUCACUUGUUGCUGCGACAAAUGAAGAAGAGGAUACUGAUAAAGUAAACAGAAUUUCUGACGCGGAUACUUAUCUUGAGGAUUUGAUCAUGAUUUUUGGAUCAAAAGGUACUACAAAGUGGAAAGGUACCAAUCCAUCAGGAAAAUAUUCAUCUGCUAAUAUAAUGCUUCAUACGGAAGAGUCUGGCAUUCAGAAUUCUCAAAAAUCCAACUCUGUUGGUGAUCAAUCUGCCCAGCAGCCUGAUCAGAUCCUUUAUGAGGAAGCAGCUUUGAAAAGCCAAAUUGGAGUCUCAGAGAAAGAUUCUUCUGCUAGUGUUAUGCUUCAUCUAGAAGAGCCUGGAGUUCGGAAUUCUCAAAAAUCUAGCUCUGAUUGUGAUCAAUCUGUCCAGCAGCCUGAUCAGAUUCCUUUUGAGGAAGCAGCUUUCAAAAGCCAAAUUCCAGUCUCAGCAGUAGUCGAUGAAGCAAAUAUCAGUAUGGCAGCUACCGACUUAUUUUAUGGCAGCGAGUUGGGAACUGAAGCUAUUAUAUUUGACUUCAACUCGAGUAAGGCAGUAACACCUAGCAGCACGGAUGAAGGUAUCGAAAACUUUCAUGAACCAUCCGUCAUAUCAGCAGCCACUACCAGUUACAAGGAUAGGAGUUGUUAUAAUCUCUCAGUUGCCAGUCAAGUUCAUUAUUCUAACAGCGUUGACAAGAGCAGCAGUAUCAAUGUUCAUGGACAAUCCCUUGAAUCCCAAGAUGUGGCUAAUCUUGAGGAUAAAUCAUCGAGCUGUCUCCUACUGGAUAGCGAAGGUCAUUUUGCUGAUGGGGAGGCAAGUUUUUCUGCAUUAGGACCUGCAUCAGGUUUGCAUUUUUUCUCGGGGCGUAUAUCAUAUUGUGGGAGCAUUUCUCUUAGAUCAGAUGGCAGCACAACUAGUACCGGAUCCUUUACCUUUCCAAUCUUACUAUCUGAAUGGAACAGCAGUCCAGUAAGAAUGGCACAGGUCGAAAGCAGUCAUUGCCGGAAACACAAACGAUGGAGGCAGGGUCUUCUCUGUUGUAGAUUCUAAAGUUCUUCUAUUUCUUUUAUAGGGCUGAUAGUUCAAAAAUAUACAUAACCUUAAUAUCAUGAUACUUGUGUAAUGUAUGCAUGCAUACCCAGCCCUAUUCUCCAACUGUGGGAAGGAUGGGAUGUUUGUUUUCUGGUCUUAAAGGAUGAAUGUAUG